GCUGAUCCUGAACUAGAAGCUAUUAGACAGAGGAGAAUGCAAGAGCUCAUGGCUCGACAUGGCACGGGUAAGCAAGGCAAUCAGCAGAAUCCAGAUCAAGAGGGAGCACAAGAAGAUGCCAAAAGGGAAGCUGAUGAACGUAGACAAAUGAUGCUUAGUCAGAUAUUGUCUUCCCAAGCCCGAGAGAGAAUUGCUCGAAUUGCCCUGGUGAAACCUGAGAAAGCUAGAGGCGUAGAGGAUGUUAUACUGAGGGCUGCUCAAAUGGGACAGAUAGUUGAGAAGGUUUCUGAGGAGCGGCUGAUAACGUUGUUGGAACAGAUAAACAGCCAAACUACCAAACAAACAAAAGUCACGAUCCAGAGGCGUCGUGGGGUGGACGACGAUUAG